CCGGCGGUGCGCAUGCGCGGGGCGUGGCCGCGGGCCGCUGGCCGUGGGCGCCGCUUGGCCCGUUGUCCUGGAGAAGCAAAAUGGCGGCGACGGCGGCCGCGGGGCCCGAGGAGGACACGGAGCUGCGGGACCUGCUGGUGCAGACGCUGGAGAGCAGCGGGGUCCUGAACCGCAUCAAGGCCGAGCUGCGAGCCGCUGUGUUUCUAGCCCUGGAGGAGCAGGAGAAGGUCGAGAACAAAACUCCUUUAGUGAACGAGAGCCUGCGAAAGUUCUUAAAUACGAAGGAUGGCCGGCUGGCGGCCAGUCUCGUGGCAGAGUUCCUGCAGUUUUUCAACCUGGACUUCACCUUGGCGGUGUUUCAGCCCGAAACUAGCACACUUCAAGGCCUGGACGGGCGGGAGAAGCUGGCCCGGGACCUGGGCAUCAUCGAGGCGGAAGGCACGGUGGGUGGGCCACUGCUGCUGGAGGUGCUCCGACGGUGCCAGCAUAAGAAGAAGGGCUUCCUCUGCGGGGAGGGUGCGCUGACGCUGUCGGAGCCGCCGUCUCCCCCGAAGUCCCCCGACGGGAAGGCCAGCGUGCACUCGGUGCCCAGCAAGAUACCCAGGUAUAAAGGCCAAGGCGAGAAGAAGACGAGCAGGCGGAAGCCGGGUGCCAAGAAGGGCAGCACGGAGGCCAGUGACACCAGCCUCUCCUCCAGCGACUCCAGGAGCCGGAGCAGCCGGCACCCGGCGAGCCCCGAGGGCAGGGCGGGCGCACUCCUUGGCAGGACCAGGGGCUCCUCCGAGGACGACCUAGACGGAGAUUCUUUCUUUGACGACCCCGUCCCCAAGCCUGAGAAUGCGUUCGGCUGGAGGAGCGAGCCCGGGAAGCCCGCGGGAGGCCUGGCCCCGCUGGCCGACACGCCGGCCCUGAGCAGCAGACUGGGCGCCCCCAGCAGCACGGCCCCUGCGAGGGAGUCAGAAGGGCAGGACCCGCGAGUGGCCGGUGAGAAGGCCGGAGCCCCCGGGCCAGGGACGGGAGAAGACGACUAUGCUGACGAUUUCAAUAGUACCAGCCAUCGCUCAGAGAGAAGCGAGCUGAGUAUUGGCGAAGAGAUCGAAGAGGACCUCUCUGUGGGCGUCGGUGACCUCAAUACCAGCGACAAACUGGACGAGCUGACGCAGGACCUGAGCGUGUCCCAACUCAGCGACGUGGCCGACUACCUGGAGGACGUGGCCUAGCACCCCAAGGGGAGCCGGGAGCCCCCACCCGCGCCCCGUGCCCCUGGCAGGCGUGAGGACUGGCCUUGGCUCAGCCGGACGAGAUGCUUCUGUCCGGGCGCUGUAGGAACUCCGGCGCUUUGCACACAGUGUGGCCACACGUUUCUCCCGGAGGCCAUGGCUUAUGCUCUGCUGGUCGCGGUCAGUAUCGAGGCCGCUGGCCGGCCGGCUGGACAGUCCCGAGCCACUCACCAGGAGGUGCCUCUCGAGCUGGCCGCGUGCCCGGUGACCCGAGCACUGCAGCCUUUCACUGUGAGCCCAGCCCCGUGCCCGCGGCCUCAGGCCUUCCUCCGGGGAGGCACGUCGCCAAGGCGGCGAUUAAAGUUGGCGUGUGUGA